UCUUGGAGACGGCACAGAGCGGCUGGAACCCACUAUCUGGCUAAAUCAGGUCCCAAACAUGCAGUAUAAUCAAUGGUACUCCAAAAACGGUGGGACCGGAAGUGUUUACUUUUCCGACUUCCGGCGACCGCAGCAGGGCUCCGCCAUGAUGUUGGAGUCUGUUUCACAGAUGCAUGGUGGUGGUUUGCUGGAGUAACUGGAUAUCCCUGUGCUGCCACUCUCUGAUCCACUGAUACCAGUAAGGAUUACCGUCUGAUAGAUAGGUAACGGAGGGAAGCAGCCUGGGAGACUGGCUCACUGCUGGUAGGGGGGCACAGGGUAAAUAAGGAAUGGGGUAACUGUGAGAGGGGCACAGGCUAAAUAAGGAACUGGGUAACUGUGAGAGGGGCACAGGCUAAAUAAGGAACUGGGUAACUGUGAGAGGGGCACAGGCUAAAUAAGGAACUGGGUAACUGUGAGAGGGGCACAGGGUAAAUAAGGAACUGGGUAACUGUGAGAGGGGCACAGGCUAAAUAAGGAACUGGGUAACUGUGAGAGGGGCACAGGCUAAAUAAGGGACUGGGUAACUGUGAGAGGGGCACAGGCUAAAUAAGGGACUGGGUAACUGUGAGAGGGGCACUUUUGGAUCAACAGCAACAACAUUUGUGAGGAAGGCUGAACUUGAUGGACUCAAGUCUCUUUUCAGCUAUGUACUAUGUAACUAUGAACGGGGUAACUGUGAGAGGUGCACAGGCUACAUAAGGCUGCUGGUCCACAUUCACAUAUAUAUACACCAUGGAGGAGGGCAUACCUGGCAGGUAAUCCUCUGUACAAGAAACAGUCCAUGUUCUGAGCCCAAAUCUCACAGCCCUACUCUUUGCUAUCCCACUAUUCCUUUAUUUAGUCCCAAUAUUCAGUCAAAUGGAUUGUAAGAGCUUUCACAGUAAAACCCAUAAUAAUUGUCCUAAUAUAUAUAUAAUUUAGGAUACAAUGUAAACUAUUGUGUGAGGAUACAAUGUAUGACCCUGUAGUUGGAGCCAGUGGCGAAUCCAGAGCCUGAUCUCAGGAGGGAUACUUGUACAUUAUUUAAAGAAAUAAUCUAGGCACAAUAACCACUACAGCUGUGUGUAGUAGUUAUGGUGCCAAUAGUGCCAGCAUCCCAUCCCAGAGUAAGUAGUGAAACCGUUUAAGAACAGUUUGAUAACUUACCUGGGGUCUGCUGGGAUAUAGGGCAUAGGAGUAGUGGUAUGUGUUAGGGGUGAUGUGUGCGGUGAAGUGUGAGGGCGGCAGUGUGUGUGAGGCUUGCAGUGUAUAUGGGUGGGGGGCACUGUAUGGGGAGGCAUGGUGUGUGUGUGGGGCAGUUUUUUGGGGGCAGUGUGUGUAUGGGGGAGGAGGGUAGGGAGGCUUUUGAAUAAUUUUUAAAUUUAUUUUUAUUUAAUAAAAUAAAUAUAUUGAUAUGUGUGGGGCACUGUGUGGGGGGCAUUGUAUGUAUGGGGGGCAGUGUGUGCAUGUGGGGGCAGAUUUUUGGGGGCAAUGUAUGUAUGGGGGGGGGAGGAGGGUAGGGAGGCUUUUUAAUAAGUUUUUAAUUUAUUUUUAUUUAAUAAAAUAAAUAUAUUGAUGUCCCCCUUCCCUUCUUACCUUUACUGAGGGAGGAGGGGGGACAUGUCUUGAUCCCUGGACAUGUCUUGAUCCCUGUUCACACUCGCAAGAUCCGGAGCGUUGCUGUGGUAACCGUGCUCGCGAGAGUAGGACCCGGAGGAGCUGCAGGUUGUGCUCCCGGGUCCUCACUCCCUCCCCUGCCGGCUGCCAGCACGUUGCCUGCAGACCAGGAAGGGAGAUCACUGAUCUCCCCUACUGUCCGUGAAGGCACAUUGCAGGGCUGGCGCUUGGACAGGGCCAGCACUGCAUUAGCCGGCAGGGGAGAAUCGGGGGGGCAAUUGCCCCGUUGCCCCCCUCACCCCCUGGAUCCGCCAGUGUAUUGUUCUCAUUGGGAAUAAGAGUCCUACUGGAGGGAUUAUUGCCAAGCACGGUCUAUCAUUGGGAGGGAGGCAGUAGAAAGGGUUAAGUGUUGCAGUAAUGCAACUCCCAUAAACCCUUGAUCAGCUACUGUAAUGUGUCUGUAUAUGUGCGCACAUAUGGGGGGGGGGCAGAUUUCCAUCAUGGUCACCAUAAAAACAUUGAAGCCUUAGAUUUCUGUGACAUUGUCUGUUCCAUCUUUUCAGUUUAUAAGAGAUGUUUAAGAAACCAAAUCGCACUCUUCGUGUGCGGAAAGCAGAAUCCAGCGAGGACGAAGAAGAAGAGACUCUGCCUGAGCAGCUUGUUGACAAAAGACAGAAAAGAGUCGGCAGCCGUGGCUUGGCAUGUGGAACCAGAGACAGGAAAACUGUUCAUGCUGCAAAAAUUGCCAGCUAUGCGGAUGAAGAUGAGGAGGAAAGUAAUUCUGAGCCUGAAGAUGCUGAUAUCAAUGAGGACUUCAGGAAGCAGCGGAGGGCUGGGGGACCCCACAGUUUGCUGAGCUUCACUGAAGAGAAAGAAGGUGACAAAUAGCUCUUAGUUGCCACAAACACUUAUUAUUUUUAUAAAAUUUCUCAGUAGUUUAUUCUUUUUAGCCCCCACCUUUGUUAUUGUGUUCUGCAUUCUGCUGCCAAUUUUAAAGUAUCUGUAAUCAAGGGGCAGCCACUAAGAAGACCCCCAGAUUCUGUAAAAUCACAAGUCACGUUUGGUUGGACAACUUUAAAGGAAUACGAUAGGUACCAAAAUAACUUUUGCUUAAUGAAGCAGUUUUGGUGUUUAGACUAUGCCAUUGCAGUCUAUGGCAAUACUUUGCCAUUUAGGAGAUAAAUCACUUAUACAGCACUUGUCACACUUCCUUGCAUGUGACCUGUACAGCCUCCUUACACACUUACUCUAAAGAGAUUUAAUGUUUAAACUUUCUUUAUUCCUUUAAUUUAAAAGUUAUUUUCUCCUGCUCUGUUAUUAGUGUUCUCGAUCCUGCAGGAGCCAAAGUAUAGAAAUAAAAGACCAAAAGGGUAAACCGUUUAGUAGGUGAGGCCCUUAGGAAAGCGAGUAACCCAAAUUAAAACGGAACUUUUAAGAAAUAUAAUAAAAGAAAUGAGUGAAAAAAAUACUAAAUCAAAUAUAUAAAAAAAUUAGUCAGCAGAAUAAAUAUAACUUCUGCCUGUAUAAGGAAAAAUAAAUUCCACAAAGGUGCAUAAAGCACAUAGAGUAUACAGAGUAUCUAAGUAAUACUGUCAAAAUAAAUAUUCAGAAUACGUAGCUAGAAAAUUAAAUAAUAAUUGAAGUAUGAAGGAAAUAUAAAUGAAUAAACUCAAAAGAAUGUAGAUAUCAGUCCCAUAAUGUCUCACUGUCAAAAAACCGUGAUAAUUGGAAGCUUAGAUGCCUACUGCAAGGAAUUGAUACAGGAUUAGCAACAAAUGUAACUGCAAGCUGAAAAUCACAUAUGUUGCUUCUCUAAUAACCCAGACAGGGGAGAUAACACAAAGAGUAAAAAGACUGUUAGUCUUGCCAGAGAUCGAGGUGGUUAUCGAGGAGAGAAAGUGGAUAGGAAAGACUAGCUUCCCUACUCUGCUGUGCCUACAAGGGCACCCCUUAAAAAAAUACUAGAAACCCCCUCCCCUUGUCUAAGUAGAAUAAAGGCAGUAUGUCAAACAAAAAAAAACAAAAAAUGAUAAAUAAAGAAAGGAAUAAACAUAAAAGAUAAAAUAAAUCUCGUAUGGGUGGUGUAAUCUAAUGGUAUCAAGGCAUGUCCCCUUAUCAACAGGACCAACACCAUACAAAAUAAUGUCCUGACGAACGUUUCGCCGUUAAGGCUCUUCCAGAGGAACAGAAUCAAAUUUUGCAAUGAUAUAAAUAGGGCGUCUCUGUCCCUAAUUGGCUUUCCGUUCACCAAUCCAUGAAUGGAUUAAAUGUAGAUCCUGCGAAGCCUCCUGAAAGUUACAUUUACAGAGCUAAAAGUAAAAUAAGUUAAGGUCUGAUUGAAAAUGAAACCAUUUUUGUCGUGCAGGCUGCCUAAGUCACAUGCAGGUGAAGUGUGGCAAGGACUGCAUGGACAGAAAAAAGGUGAUUUAACUCCUAAAUGGCAGAGAAGUGAGCACUGAGACUGCAGGGGCAUCAUCAAUACACAGAAUCUUCUUUAUUAAGCUAAAGUUGCUUUGGUGCCUUUUUGUAUCACUCUAAUGAUCUUGGUAUAUUUGUACAGCAAGGUGGGAAUCCACCUUAGAUUAACCCUAGCAUUUUCAGUCUAACACUUGUGGUUCUUCAUGCUGUUCCAAUAGCUGUCUCCAUCUCCUUUUAAAAUGUGCAGUUAUGUAUCGUUGACACUUUACUCUCCCAAAACUAGCUGUACACAUUGUUUUGCUGCAUUACUGAUAUUUACAAUACCACUUUCAAAAUGAACUCCACUCUGUCCUGCUGUACAUUUAUGCCAUACAUAAUUUUUCGCUGUAUCUUUCAGAAGGCAACUGCUUUAUAAGCGAUAAUAUGCAGAGAAACUGCUCUAUUUACAAUUUUGACAAAAAGGUAAUUGGGAGCACACCCAAAACAUGCAUUUUACUGGAAUGGUGCUGCUGUAGUGGCCAAAAUGUAUAAAUACUACAGAUUAAGAACAGCGGACACAUAAAAAUACAAUUUAAAAUGUUAUAAUGCUAAUUAAAAUCACCUAUUUUAGAAAACAAACAUAGGGAUUCAGUUCCACCAUCUGGCCAUAUUGUGUUAAGCACACUACUACUUCACAGUACCCCAAUAUCAGUGAGUCCUACACUAAUACCAACAUGGGAGACAAAUUAAAUAGUACUAGCGCUAAAUAAGCUAAGGUGUACUUUAAUAAAUUGUUGUAAGAGCAUUGUGAAUAUAUAUAAUGCAAAAUUAAUGUGAUAAACGCAAUUCAAAAAAAUACAGUGUCAAAACUAAACAAUUAAAGUGAUAGUGCUUUUAUGUAUAUACUCACAAUACAUAUCACACAUCUGCUCUUUACCAAAUUUAAAUUAUAAUUAAAGUUACAUUACUAUAAAAAAAAAAAAAAAAACUCCUCAUUAGCUGUCUAAAGUAAUAUGUAGACCAGGGCUAAAAAUUCCACUAGCCUUAGGCAAAUGAAAAUGUAGCCCUGACAAGUAGAAAGUCGCCCCUUAUGAAUAAGCUUGGACCCUCCAAUGGUGAGUAACUUUUAAGGCCUAGUUGGUUUCUUAGGACUUGAAAUAUUAAACCCUGGUGUAGAUUAUUAUUUUUGCUGAGUUAUAAUCAGCUUCCAUGUGGGAAUGUUUUACGUUGGACUAAAUUAAUAUAAUCUAAACCACCUACUUUGUAAUUAAGCAUUUGCUAUAUAAUUGAAGUAAUAUUUGUUAUACUAAUAUUGAAAACUUUAAAAUUUACUUUUGUCUAAAUAAUUUAUUGCAAGAUUAUUUAAUUGUUUCUUUCCUUUUGCAAUAUAUAUAUAUAUAUAUAUUUUAUUUUAAACACAAUUAAGAUUGGCUAUAACCUACACUAUAUCUAAUGUUGAUAACCAUGAGUAUAAAGAAAUAUUUCCUGUUUCAAUAUGACUUUUUUAUUUUUAAUUUUCUAGGUGAAGAGGUAUCCUUUCAAAUCAAAAAACCUUCUGUUAAUACGUUUGUAUUUAAAGCUAAAAAAAAAUCCAAAAAGGAGGACCAUGAAAAAGAGCAAGAGAAUAGUGGUAAGUGGCGUUCUGGAAACCAUGUCUGGUCACGGAAUUUGUUCCUCAUCCACUUAGGUUAUGUAAUAUGGCAGAUUUGUUUAUACAGCUUAAAUGGACGCUCUAUGUAUCAAAACAAUUUUCAAUUCACAAACUAGUUUUGGUGUAUUGAUCAUGCCCCUGCGGUCUCACUGCUCAAUUCUCUGCCAUUUAAGAGUUAAAACACUUUGAGUUCUGUUUAUGCAGCCCUCCAUGAAAAAAGGGUUUCAUCCUCAGUCAGAUCUUACAGGAUAGUGUGUUUACUUUUAAAUUUAUUAUCUCUUGCUCUGUUAAUUGAACAUUAUGAACAUGCAUAAUUGUCCUGUAGGCUCUAGAAUCACUUUUCAAUGUAGAAGAAGGCUGUGUGAGUCACAGACAAGGUGAUUUAUGUCCUAAAUGGCAGGGAACAGAGCAGUGAGACUGGAGGGAGUGAUUUAUUUAUAUUUUUAUAUAUGUGUGUGUAUGUAUGUGUAUGUAUAUAUAUAUAUAUAUAUCUAUAUCUAUAUCUCUAUCUAUAUAUAUAUAUCUCAGAAAAUCCUUGCACUCAGGCUAUAGUGUCCUAUACUUGCCGGGUGCUCAGCCUGGGACUUUGGUUAUCCAAAAAACGAGAGGAAUGGCAACACUUACGGAUUCAAUAAAAUAUCUUCUUUAUUAGCAAAACUAAAACGUGAGAUCAAGAAGGAUCAACGUUUCAUUCCUUUUCAGGACUUUCAUCAGGAUCAAUAAGGUACAUACAUAUAAACUCACUAUAUAUAGGAGAUGUAAAUUAGAAAAUAGAACCACCCCAAGUGCAGUGCAUGCCAGUCGGCGUUCCGCCGGAAACUGUGCGCAUGUGUGACAAGAACUCCACCCCUAGAAUUGACGUGCAGCGUGUGUACGUGGCGACGGCGUGCGUGUUGUCAUAGUAAUGUGGCAUGCCAUAACUGGUAACUAUGGUUACCUGGAAUAACAAUAAUAAAGUGCCGUGCAAAUUAAGAAGAUGAGAAAUGUCUUCACAUUAAAACCCAUGCAUUUUAAUGUGUUUAGCAGAAAACAGGAACUGCCAUAAAGAGUGUUACAGAGAUGGGUGAGUUUAGUGAAGAUGCAAUAAAGCAUAAAAGCAAACAAAUUAUAACAAUAAUUUGGAACAGGGUGUAAUUAAGCUAAAAUGUUUUUGUUGCUUAGUGUUCCUUUGCGUUUUUAAGUUUUUAAAUAUUCUUCUUAUUUUAAUAUAUCAUUGUUUUCCAAGCAAGGUAUAGUGAGUCAUGCUUAAAACCAUUUUUUUUGGUCUUUUAGAUUCUUUUGAGUUGGAAAGUGACCAUAGCUCAGAGUCAGAGCAUCCUCAACACACGAAUUCCCCACCUUUAAAGAAGGACUCUUCAGAAUCUGCAGCCAGCAGCCCGUCCCUGUCUCCUGGUGACAUAGAAGUGACAGGUUUGUACUUUACCCAUGUAUUUUAUCUCUUUUUUUAUUUUAUCUCUAAAUUCUGAGCCUUUACUCACAGCUACUACAGGCCAUUUGCUAUAUACACUGAUCAGCCACAACAUUAAAACCAUUGACAGGUGAAGGGAAUAACUUUGAUUAAAUUGAUUAUAUUGUUACCUGUUCAGGGGUGGGAUAUAUUAGGCAGCAAGUGAAUAGUCAGUUCCUUAAUUUCAUGGAUUGGAAGCAGGAAAAACCGGCAAGUUAAAAUACCUGAGUGACUUUGACAAUGGCCAAAUAGUAAUAGCAAGAUGACUGGGUCAGAGCAUCUCCAAAAAUGUCAAAUCUUGUGGGAUGUUUCCGAUAUGCAGUCGUUAGUACCUGCGAAAAGGGGUGCAUGAAGGACAAACGAUGAACUGGCAUCAGGGUUAUGGGCACGUGGGGAGCGGGUCCAAACAAACAGAAGCGCUAUCGUUGCUCAAAUUGCUAAAAAACAUAAUGCUGGCCAUGACAGAAAAGUGUAAAUACACAGUGCUUUGCAGUUUGGUGCUGCGCAGCCACAGACCGGUCAGAGUGCCCAUAAUGAUCCCUAUCCAGUGCCGAAAGCUCAUUCAAUGGAAACGUGAGUGUCAGGUCUGGACCAUGGAGCAAUGGACGAUGGUUGCCUGAUCUGAUGAAUCACGUUUUCUUUUAGAUCAGAUGGAUGGCCAGAUGCGUGUGCGUAGUUUAGCUGAGAAAGAGAUAGCAGCAAGAUGCACUAUGGCAAGAAGGCAGGCCGGCGGAGGCAGUUUUAUGCUUUGGGAAAUGUUUUGCUGGUAAAAACUUGGGCCAUGUGGCUUUUACUUUGACAUGUAUCACGUAAUCAUAGAUUGUUGCAGAUCACGUACACCGCUUCAUUGCAAUGGUGUUCCCUAGAGGCAGAAUAAUGCGCCCUGACACACUGCAAAAAUUGUUCAGGAAUGGUUUGAGUAACAUGACAAAGAGUUCAAGGUGCUGCUUUGGCUUCCAAAUUCCCCAAAUCUCAAUCUGAUUGAGUAUCUGUUGGAUGCAAUCUGAUGGAGGCCCCACCUCGCAACUUGGAGGACUUAAAGGAUCUGCUGCUAAUGUCUUGUGCCAGAUACCACUGGACACGUUCAGAGGUCUUGUGAAGUCCAUGCCUCCAUGCAUCAGAAAUGUUUUUUUUGCUCAAGGGGGAACUACACAAUAUUAGGCUGGUGGUUUUAAUGUUGUGACUUUUCCGUUUAGAUUUAAUUACAGUCAUCUUUAAAUACUGAUGCUUUAACUUUGCAUAGAGAUUCAAUAUAACUUUGCAAAUAUAUUGGUAAAAAUAAACAUUGUUCCAGACUGAAAGUAUUCUCUAGUUCUUGCUUCCUAGCUCUGAUUCUUUGGCUAUUUUUCUGGUUAGUUCUGUACAAUCCCAGUUUAGUGAAUAACCCCAAAGAAAUAUAUCAGUUGGUGAAUAUAAGAGCAGUUUCUACUCAAUUGUUUGUAAAGAUGGAUUAUUAUGUGGAAUAGUUUAUUUAUGAAACACACAUCCCCAAGCCUGGCAAUAUCUUUUGAUGACUUGCUAGCUUAGCUGCCAGUGUUUGAACAUCCUAUACGCCUCUAGCAAGUGUGACAAAAUGUUUGCUGGAGCACUAGCAAAGGAAUAAGGAGCAAGAACGCUGCCAUUAAAAAUAAUAAAAAAAAAUAAUAAUAAAAAUCAAUCGAUAUACCCCUAAAGAAAACAUGCAUUUCAAUCUUUUGGGAAUAUAUUAAAUAUUUGUUUCCAAUAACUGCAGAGCUUGUAUCUGCAUUUACUGCAAGUCUUCCCCUUCUUGUCUGGCACAAAUGAAAGACUCGGUACAAAGGAUAAGCAUUUUCGGCAGUGAGCCCUUACAAAGCCAGAUAUAACCCUCAAACAAUUUUAUUACCCCCAUACAUUUUGUUUGUGUAUAUCACAUAAACCCUGCAUUAAGGGGUGGGGAGAUGAGGACAUAUUUAAAAUCCAUUGUUACUAAAAGGUUCUAAAGGUUACUCGCUGCUACAAUCCUGGGAGGGUUAAUGGCUCACUCACCAGGGGUGAAUUUCAAUUCGACAGGGCUAAAUUUUGAACACCUGGCAGUGUUACUUUUAUUAGUAUUUCUUCAUUUGUCCUCCCAUCCCGCUAUAUAUGAGGACAUGUCCCACUAGUGGUAAAUUGUGAAUAAUAAACCAAAAGCUUUAACAGUUGGGGUAGAGAAUCCCAGUAAGUGUUGCUGAAGAUGAUUUGGGCUACUAGGUUGUCAUCUUCCAGUUGACAUUCGGUUGAUUUCACAGACUUGCUGGGAAGUCAUUACUGACUCUAGUUUGCCUCUUAAUUUCUGUUCAGCACAGGUGAAAUCCCAGAUGCCAAGAACAUCUCGGCAGCUUGCAGCCCAAGGAGACUACUUAUCUCUUGGUGUGUUAAAGAAAGGUAGAGACUCCAGCCAGUCAGAAAGUGACGAUGAACAGGAUGAUCAUGAGAGAAGAAUCUGUUUUGCUCCUGGAACAAAAACAUUGAAAGAUCAGAUGGCAGAGGAGAUUUGUAAGUUGAGAUACAAAGCACUCUGUAAAAAGUCAUCAUGAUUUUUUUUAUUUUUAUUUUGUCUAGAUGAGGAAAAUUAAGCCACAAAUAAGUGAAUAUGCUGCUUAUUGGCUUUAAGUAACAGAAGCUAAUUUGUUGAAUAACAAUAUUAUCUAUAAAUGUUUUGCUCUCUAAAGCAGAACUGUUGCAUUGCAUUUUUGAUUACUAAAAUCAGCUAUGAUCCUCGUCUGGUAUUCACUCCCCCUCACUAGAGGGGAGGGAUGUCAAGGAGGACUGGCUGAGGGGAGGACUUUGGGCAGCAGAGCGAAAGGAGGAGCCGUGUCGCCAUUGGACAUGCUAUGAGUUACACCUCUGAUGGCGAACAGCUUUAACUCUUUAUGUGCAGUGUUUCAUACAAAAGCCAAACACCAUGAUCACUUGAAAUCACUGAAGUGGUCAUGGUGCCUGGAGUAACCCUUUAAAGAAAAGAAAAUCCGAUUUAACUUUCAUUUUGUUAACAUUAUUUGUUUAGUUUUUCUGGCCAAGAUAUACCAUGAUAAUUAAUAUAACCCUACUAUCCAAUACACGAAAGCACAGGUAAGUGUAUGGUGCAAUGGAAUGAAUAUACGUGGGAACACUAAUAUUUAAUUUCUCUACAAAAGCACAUCAGCAUGUCAAAGUAUCGUGGGGAAAUUAUAUUUUGUUGCCCGGAGCAUGGAGGUGCUGUGGAUUUAAGUAUUUUUUUGUUUUACUUACUUUGCUACUCAAAGUCUAGCAUCUGGCAAUGUGAUCUGUAUUUUUUUGUUUUUGUCUACAUCUGAUCUGCUGUGUUUUUCAGCAGCAAGUAGUGACUCAGGCGAAGAGAAGAGCAAGGAAGACGAGGACUUCCAGGAUCAAUGGGAGGAACAGCAGAUAAGGAAAGCAAUAAAGUACCCAGAGGUGAGUGCUUAGUAAACAUAUAUUCACCAAAAUGUAUUCUUGAUCAAAUAUGGCCAUAUUGGAAAUUCAACAAAAUAAUUUUUCUGCUAUCGAACAUAAAUGCUGUUAAUAAUAUUGUUUUAAUUUUAAUUUCAUUUUUUUAAUUAAGUUAUCUUUAGUGGAACUCCUGAACAAAAUCUAUAACUAUAAAAAAUACUUGUGCUCAUAACACUGCCAUAUUUUUUAAGAAACCUGUAAUAGUUAAAGGAACACUAUAGUCACCCAGACCACUUCAGCUCAAUGAAGUGGUCUGGGUGCCAGGUCCAUCUAGGGUUAACCCUGCCUGCUGUAAACAUAGCAGUUUCAGAGAAACUGCUAUGUUUACAUUUGGGGUUAAUCCAGCCUCUAGUGGCUGUCUUCCGGACAGCCACUAGAGGCGCAUCUGCUCCGCUGGAGGCACAUUUUGCCUCCAUCACGCAGAGCGUCCAUAGGAAAGCAUUGAGAAAUGCUUUCCUAUGGACACUUUGAAUGUGCACGCGGCACUUACUGCGCAUGCGCAUUCGGCUACGCUGACGUUGGCGGGGGAGGAGAGGUCACCAGCGCUGAGGGAGCCCAGCUCUGGAUUAAGGUAAGCUACUGAAGGGGUUUAACCACUUCAGGGCCACGGGAGAGGACCCUAAGGGCGAGGGCACCCUCAGGGCACUAUAGUGUCAGGAAAACUGUUUUGUUUUCCUGACACUAUAGUGAUCCUUUAACACAGAUGCUCCUUGUUAUACAUAGGAAUGAUGUGCAAAAUAUAUUAUUUUGUAUGAUUAGUGAUCUGUAGGAGGCAGGACUCUCCUCUGUGUUUUGUUUUUUAUUCCAAUCAUUAUAAUACCCAGACCAUGCUGACUAGAUAUUAUACUAUGCUUCUCUGCUACAAUGACUCUCUGACUGCACAGGACAGGGGUGACUCCAUGCAAGGGACAGUUUGUCCCACCCUGUUAAAAUACUACAGUGACUGCCUUUUAUGUGACACCAGAUGAAUUCAUUAAAAGCAAAUUCCUAUGCCGGCCACUGUUGCAAAGUAGUAGUUUUUAUGAGCAUUUGUAGAAAGCAGAUCGCAUCAUGCCUCUUACAGCAUUUCUCAAUAGUUGCAUAGCUCUGUAAUAUGCUUGGCCAAAUGUGCAUAUUCAGCUUUAUCAUAUGUCUAAUAUCUCUUUUGCCUCUAUAGAUUCUCGACAACGAUUUGUUACCUGUGCGAAAUACGCAGAACCGUAGAAACAUAGAGCCAAGGUUUUCCCUGCCUCCAGUAAAUAUUGGAGACAUCAAAAAGAAGCUUACUGCAAGGUGAGGGUUGCCGUUUGAGUAGGUAAUCAAUGAGGGGUUAUUCAGUGAAUUGGGAACUCAUGCAUACCUGUCAGCCAAAAUUUUCUUUAAUAUUUCUUCCUGUUCUUAGGAAAACCCGCUGUACUUGCAGUGUUAUUCAUUAAAUUAAGAGUGAAUUUCAAAUUUAAGGUCAAAAGAAUUUAAAGUUACAUCUGGUCAUUAAAGGGACACCGUAGGCACUGUAUCUGCUUCAUCUCAUUAAGCUGGUUAUAGUGUCUGGAGUCCUCUGGUACCAUCAUUUAUUUCAGCAUUAAACAGUUUUUAAACUUUUAAUGUUUUAAUGCUAAACAAGAGUCCUUGGCAAUCCAUCCCCUCUGUGCUGCUUUGGCUAAUAAGGAAGUUUUAGCCUGAGCAGCAAUAGGCAGCUGUGAUUGGCUAAGAGUGUCAGCUGACUGCUUUUAGCCUGUCAGAGUUCCAACUGACGGUAUGAAUGGGUAUGACAACAAGGAAGUGAGCAAUCUCUGCCUUAGCUACACAUACUGAAGGGGCCGGACUGUGGGUGGCCAGGGACUCUUAUUUUGUGGCAUACUGCACGAACAUGGUGCAACACUGAAUGGAGGGACAGUGCCAGGGCACUCCAGGCACUAUAACCAAUUCAAAGAGAUGAAAUGCUUAUAGUGACUACAGUGUCCCUUUAAACAUUGGAAACCAUGUGUAAUCAACAUCCAUCAGCAGUUCAUAGUUUCCCUUUAAAAUACUUUUUAGAAUAAUGUUGUUGCUGUUCAUUUAUUUUUAUUUUUUUGUUACUUUCAGCAUAACUUCUUUAGAAGAGGUCCACCAAUCGCAUGUGCACGAAAAUGAGAAAUAUACUCGUGACCUUGAGAGUUCGAAGCACUCUCUAGAAAUGCUGGGAAAGUCUGUAAGCGAGCAAAGCUACAAGUUUUUCAAGGAGAUGAAAACCUAUGUAGAAAACUUUGUUGACUGUAUGAAUGAAAAGGUAAGACAGAUAAUCUGUUUUCACAAUCACAAUAAACGAAAAUGGUUGGUGUGUAUUAAAAACCAGAACUCUUCAUUUACAAUAUUUAAAAGCCAAGUGUAGAAAUUAUUUGCAAGAUUUAUAUUACAAAAUGAAAUUCUAGCCCUAUAUUGAGGAUGUGUGUUUUAUACAUGGAUCAAUAGAUUGGGAAGGAAAAUGAUGUGACUAUAACAACUGAUUUGUAUUGCCUUGUGCAAAUAUCAUUAAAAGAUCAAAUGUUCUUGGUCUUUCUAUGGAAACAGUCUAUAACAUAUAAUAAAAGUAUUGCUUUGAAAAGUUCUUUGUUGGACCCACAAUUUAAAAAAUAGAUAGAAAAGGUCUGGUCAAAUAAAGCUCUAGCAUAGUCUCUCGGGUAUAGGCAACCUUCGGCACUCCAGAUGUUUUGGACUACACCUCCUAUGAUGCUUUGUCAGCAUUAUGGGUGUAAGAGCAUUAUGGGGGAUGCACUCCACAUCUGGAGUGCUGAAGGUUGCCUAUCCCUGGUCUAUGUAUAAAUUAGUCACAUUUUUGCUUCUAUUCAUUUGUACAAAGCAGUUAGAAAAAUAUGAAUUUAUUCGUUAGUUUUUUUUUGUUGGGUUUUUUUUUCCUUUUAAACGUUUUUUCCUAAGUGCGUAAAUCUUACAUUUUCUUGCUUUCGGCAGCGGAGUCAGCCCAACACACUUUAGGCCCAGCACAAGCUUUCUUGUUAGCGCUGGGCAAUAUCCAAUCAAAGGCUUAAUGCAAAUAAUUCACUAUAGCCUUGCACUUCUCUUAUCUCACAAGCAAGUGAGAUGCACUGCCAAUGCUUUAUGCCAGCAUUAGCAGGCCAGUAAUAGAGUUGUGAACAAUUCAGUUCUCUGAACAUGGAGAUUAGGAUAUCCACUCUCCCCAAAAAUAUAAAAAGUCCUAAUGUAAACACUGAUACAAACCCUUAACUGUAUAUUGGGUCAAAAUGGAUCUAUUUUUUUCCUCAAUGUGAGAGGAGGCUGUGUGAGUCUCAGCCAGGGGAGGUGUUGCUAGGACUGCAGAAAUGAUAAUUUAACAUCUUAAUAGCAGAGAAUUGGGCAGUCACACUGCAAGGGAAUAAUCAAAGCCAUUUCAUGAUAGUGAAGAGGUUUUUCGUCUGAUCCUGUAAGUUGGGUUACAAUAGCAACUAAACCCCAGGACAUAGUUAGAAUCUUUAAACAGCUAAGUGCACCUUUUCUGUUUAAAUACUUUAGUUAUUUUUAUUAUAUAAACCAUAAUAUUUCACCAUUUAUCCAACCGUGAAAACAUUUUCUAUUCUAACAGAUAAUCCAAAUUAAUAAACUUGAGUGUGAGAUGUUUACAUUAUUUGAGAACAGAGCAAAGGAUCUUCUGCAUCGCAGGCAAAACGACCUCCGCAAUGAGUCUGCUGUCCUCCAGAAGCUCUCUGGUAAGUAUAUCUAAGAAUUCCUUAAUAUGGGGAACAGGUAUAUCCAUCUACUCUUUUAAUGUCAUCAUUCAUGGGAAGAGAAAACAGGGAGUAAUGAUUCUCUGUGGCAAGGUUCUUCCUCUUAUUUGUUAAACGCCUAGUUUUCAGAGAUAUUUCUUGCACCUCUAAUGUAUAACUCAACAUUCCCCUUUCAUAUUCACUAUACUAUCUUUGAGAUUAAUUCUAGCCAAAAAGAUCAUGUAAUAAAUGUAUAACAAUGAGUUGUGUAUUAGGAGAAAAUAAUCCUAUAUGCAAGUUUGUGAGACAUUUAUUAAUCACAAUCUUCAUUGUCAUGGUUUAUGUCUCUGGCAACACAGAUAUGUGAUCAUAACACUGAGGGGUGCUAAAGUACAUUGUUUAGGAAAGGGGAUUAUGGGAUGUUUUUAUUUUCAUGCAAGAGGUGUGUGUAUAUAGAAGUAUGUAUAUAUGUACAUUUGGGGUUUGGACGGAUAGCACAAGUCAGUUGUGCAGAGUGGUGCCAAAACUGACGUUUUGAGGAGAGGAGGGUGGGGUAAAUUUGGACGCUGGCAACUCAGAAGGGAGUGCGGCUCGAUGUUUAAAGCUGGAUAGACCCACCCACAACUCAAGGCUGCUGCCUUGCAUAUGUAUUUUAAAUAUCUUCUUUAUAUCUUGUUUUCCGUUUUACUUCUUACCUGAGGUCUACUGGGUGCCAAUUCAGGCCUCAAGAAGAUUCAGUCUGGUCUGAGCCAAGACUAGCAGUAUAGAGUUUAGCUAAUUUACAGCUCAGCAGUUUACAGCUGCAUCCUACAGCUUAUCUUAGGAGAGAUAACAGAAGCCACUCGGAGGAGCUUCCGGGUCUCUCACAACCAGAAGAGAAAGGAGUAGGGCAUGCCAUCAGGAGGAACCCUAGACACAAAUGCAAACUAUUAGCCUUAUGCAGUGGUUAUGGUGCAUGGCGUGUUUCUUUUAGCACAUUAGCAUGUUAAAAAUCGAUUUUGCCUCUUACAUCCGUUUCCUUUUUUAUUUAACAGGAAAAAAUACAGACAUUGAAGAUGCAACAAAAGGUGUGCUGGAAGAUUCAUAUUUAAGAAGGUGCCAUGUUUUAUUUUUUUAUUUGGGCAGGGGGAGUACUGUUGACAGGGUGGCACAUUUGUGUAUCAAAUGUGCAGUUUAUUUAGGGAUCAAGGGGUACAAAUAGCACCCUGGUUUUAGUCUAGGCAAAUUGUAACCAUGUUCUUCUAAAUUAGUGCUACAAAAUCAACCAGCAAUAGCAGAGGGACACCUGAUCAGCAUCAGCAAUUGAUUAUUAUUAUGGAGACACACACACACAAAAUGUCCACUAGCCAUUAGUGAGUAGAAUGAAAGUGUGAAUGUACUACCCUCCAAGCUUACUGUGUGCUUUAUUGUGCCGUAUCAACAUUACCAACAUAUAUUUCAGUCCAUGUCAAGGACUUUUACCGCGUGAAACUCAAGUUUUUAUAAAAUACACGAAAACAAUCAGGACAGAAUUUUGGCUUUUUAUUCUCCAUUAAUUUGUCUUUUCACUGUGAGACUUGUAUAAACAAUAGUGGAAGAUAGAGAAUUGUAGUGCACUUGUGGACUUUGUAUAAACCACUUUUAUGACUUUUUACUUUUCUGGUUUGGCUCAGUUGUCUCAUUGGUAUUUUGUUCUGGCUGAGAUAACGACAGAUACUAUUUCACUGAAUUUUCUCACAGACUCAAAUCCCUUACAGCCUUUCCAGUCUAUUGAUUAAAAAUAAGUUUGUAUCUAACUGCAUGUUUUUACUUUAUAUUUUAUAAGUUAUUAUUAGUUGUUAUUUAAAUAUCGCAAAUCUACUAAUAAUGCAUAUUUUGUGCAAUAUUGUCUUUAACUAGAUCUAUCUGAUAAGAAAAUCAGAUGUAUUUUUUUUGUAGAAGGAGUAACACUUAAUAUUGCUACAGUAAUUACAGCUACCAUGCAUUGAGCAUUCUACAUUCAUUUUUCUUUCUAUUAAUUUUUGCAAUAAUACAAACUGAAUAUAAUGCAUGCUAUGCCACUUUCUUUACAGGAACAAAAGGCGGAAGAAACGUGAGCUCUUGGGGAUAAAUGAUCACUGUGAAGGCAUGUCUAGUGAUGAUGAGAUGCCCUCUGAAGAGGAAACUUCUUUCAAAGAAAGUAGAGGUAUCUGAAAGGAACACUCCUCUACCCAAAUAAAAAAAAAUAUAUAUUUAUUAACAGAUAUACCUACAAAGAAAACAUACAUGCAUUUAUUAAUGUAUUUCUGUCAUUAGGGGUAUUUGUAAAAAACACUUGCAUAAUCUGCAGAUCUCUUGUUUGAAACAUCUGAAAGCCCUCCCCUUCUAACCCCACGCAGACAUUCUGUGGCUGUCCAAUCACAGACUUCCUAAAGCAGCUCAGUGAGAAGUCUUUGCAAGGCAGGUGCUCUGGGCAAUUGCUGCCUCUUGAGUUUAGUCCCAAUGAGCUAACCAAACCAGGAAGUAGCAGGACUGGUUGACUGCUUAACCCCUUAAGGACUAAACUUCUGGAAUAAAAGGGAAUCAUGACAUGUCACACAUGUCAUGUGUCCUUAAGGGGUUAAAAACCAGGGUUUUUUUUAUAUAUAAUUUUUUUUAUUGAGAGCUAAUUUUUUUUUUUUUUAUUAAAAAAAAGAAGACUUUUCACACAACGCAUUUCAGCAAGCUAAAGUACUUUAGGUGUUUGAAGUGUUUCUUUGAGAAAAAUGGCAUCAUUGACAAUACAGCGCUAAAUCUGGUUAACAAUUAGUUUCCAAACAGUAACUAGUAGUGUAUAGUCAUCCAAUGGAUUCUGCAUCACGAGGUACUGAAUCGUGAACAAAAAAAACCUAUAUUGGAUGUGAUUGUACAGAAAUCACACAACUUGCCUCCUACAGAAUAUUGUAGGUGCAAUCAGAUUAUCCAAUGUGUCCAGUUAUUUCUCUAUACAAAUCCCAAUACAUUUUUUUAUAUCCUAAACAUUGAGCUCAGUACUUGUCUGGCCAGCUGUUCCUGCUGUUAUCAUCUCACCCAUGUGCAGCUGGUGAGUGAAUAAUAGUUGGAAUGGGUUUUGCACUCGCAUCACCUGGCCUGACUCAAUAAAUACGUGCUAUCUUCUGUUGCAUUACGUCAAACAUGAAGAAACUUUUACAGUGACACAAUUUGCUGUUUAAAUCCUUUCCCACUGUUUUUGAUUUAUUUUUGAGCACAAUCUCUUUCUUUAUAAUGCAAUCUAUUUAACAUUCCAGUACAAAAAAGUAAAUCGUGUAUAUUUGUUUUUCAUUUUACAGCUAGAGUCCUAUUCGAGAGUAAAGAUUUGUUUGAAGACGUUCAUGAAGACUUUCACCGGGUAAAGAAUGCCUUGUCCAAAUUUCAGGAGUGGAGACAGAGAUUUCCAGAGUCCUAUUAUGAUGCUUACAUUAGUUUGUGCAUCCCCAAACUACUGAACCCACUUAUUAGGGUGCAUCUUUUAGACUGGAAUCCACUAGAGGUAAGAGGCUUGCAUGUGCCACCUAAGUGCGUGAUCUUAGUGCCAGGAAAACCAUUUCUAGAAUGUAUUUGUCUGAAUUUUUUUACUGUUUCAAAAGAAAAAGUUUAAUAUAUAAUGUGUCAGUUGGAGGUUGAUCCUUUGAGGCUGUUGGAGGUAUUAUUGGCUGGAUUAUCUAUUUAUUGUCACAUUUUAUGUCAAGCAAAUACACACAUAAUAGGAUGGCCAGAUACAGCAAUAGUGUCACUCUUUUGCUCCCCAGAGCUAUUUCUCGUCUAACCUAUCAUACUGUUCUGUAAGCCAGUGUGUGGCAGAAGGAUAUAAUAGUCUUAGUCUUGUUGUGCUGCUUAGCCUUCAUUUACUUUUACAUUUCUGGAUUUCUCAUUAUGAUAAGUACCAAAAACACAGGGAAACUUUUUAAUGCAAACGCUUAAGAAUUUAUUUUAACCAACUGCGUGCCUCAAUCUGGCAUUAAUAUUGUAUCCCCUGAGAGAAGCCCAGGACAACACGAUCAGGGCACUGGCCUUGCUCCAUCACACGUGGACAGAAUUGAACAGCUUUCUCCUACUCUCCACAGACGAGGUGAAAGCCUUCGACAGGGUGGGUUGGAACUUCCUAUUUGCAGUGCAACAGGCAUGCUAUGCUGGAUCAGAGCCAUCUACCCGGUCAGCUCAACUGUGCAUUAACGGAGCCCUUACAGAAUGAUUCCCCAUACGUAACAGCACCAGACAGGGAUGCCCUCUGUCGCCCCUGCUCUUCGUCCUUGCCCUCGAACCCUUCCUCAAUGCGGUCCGACAUAAUCCUGGCAUCGCAGGAGUAACAGUAGGAAAAACAGAACAUCGUGUCGCCGCAUAUGCGGACGAGCUCUUAUUCUUUGUAACAGACCCGACCCACUCCCUACCACACAUCAUGACGGAAUUCGAUGUCUAUAGCGCCUUUUCGAAUUUUAAGAUCAACUGCUCUAAAUCCACAAUACUACACACAUCCCUGCCGACACAACAGAUCAGACAACUCAAAUGGACAGACACCUCACUGAAAUAUCUUGGAAUAUGGAUGACACGGGACCCAACUCAACUAUACCAAGCAAACCUCCAGCAGCUACUCUUGAGAGUAGAGAGGGAACUCAGGGAAUGGUCUUUGCUGCACAUCACUUGGUUCGGCAGAGUGGGGAUCAUCAGGAUGAAUCUCCUACCACGGGUCAUAUACCUUUUUCAGGCCCUACCGAUAUCAAUCCCAGAAGCUUUUUUCACUCACUGCGAACCCUGAUCCUGAUGUUUGUGUGGCGGAGAUCCCGCCAGUGCAUUAAGUAUGAUGUCCUCACACUGCCAAAAUCCGAGGGUAUGCUAGCGCUACCAGACUUCCACCUCUAUUACAAGGCCACACACAUACAGAGGGUGGUGGAGUGGUCUAAGAGGGGAGUAAUAUUGUAAAGUGCUACGGAAUAUGCUGGCGCUAUAUAAAUACCAGUAAUAAUAAUAAUAAUUUAUAAACUCUGGCAGCAGGUAGAGGCCAUACAAAUGGGUAGACCAAUGUCGCUGCUGCCAUGGCUAGAACCACUAAUAGGGGCAAGAUUAGCAUCCCAAAACCCCUUUAUAAAAUCAACACUUCAAGUCUGGUACACCCAGGCCCCAAAGCUGGAGCACACCUCCUUCCCUUCGCCCCUCUACCCUAUAACCUGGCCUUCCCACCGGGCCUGGAAACGAAAGCCCUUCAAAGAUUAACUGGGAAGGACUUACCACAUAUCAGACACAUACUACAGGAGGAUAGAGUUAAACCCGUAGCACUAAUGCUGAACACAGGGAAUCCAAAUUUUAUGCAACAGUUUUUUGUUACAAACAAUUGACAGAAUUCUCUCUAUGCCCCAAAGGCCACUCAUGACACAUGCCCUUACGUCUCUAGAGGCCAUCUGUAUGGACGAGGACCCCUAAGAGCACGGGCUCUCUUUCUUGUGCAGACUGCUCAUGACACAGAGGAGGCAACCACCUCCUGGUUUCAUGGGCAAAUGGGAGACUGCCCUGGGGAAACCUUCACCCCUGCGCAGUGGCAAAAGAUAUGUGUCCUAACGUACCAUUGUGCGAUCUCAAGCAGGAUCCAAGAAUCCGCCUAUAAACUAAUGUCCCUCUGGUACAAAACCCCACAGGUCCUACACACCAUCAUCCCAUCUAUUGAUGAGUGCUGCUGGAGGUGCGGUAGGGAGGUGGGCACCCUCCUACACCUGUGGUGGAGCUGUGCCCGUAUACAACCGUUCUGGAAAUAGAUCUAUAAAUUAUUUUAUUUUUUUAAAAACACUGAUGCCCCCUCCCCCUUCAGCCCAGCACCACUGCUGCUCCACCACUCCAAAAUCCGGACUUCAGUCUAUAAAAAGUCCUUGACAAUCAGAAUCCUUAAUGUAGAUAUGAGCCUAAUCACCCUCUUUUGGAAACAAGAGCGCACCCCACCCCUAACCCUCUGGUUCCAAAGAAUACUCCGCUCCAUGGAGGACCUCACCUACCAAUCAAGUGGCAGAUCACAGACAUGCUAUGACCUGUGAGUCUAAUACCUGUUGAUCUAUCACAUUUACAUUGUGUCUCUCAUAUGAGACCCGCGCAUCUCACAACAUUAUUACAUGACUUUCUUGCAUGAGCAGUUAUGAAAUGAAAAAUUCCAAUAAAACGAUAUUUACAAAAAAAAUAUUGUAUCCGUCUCGGUGUGCAGUACGUUUUUAAAUGAUAUCCUGAUGUCCGCUCCAUAUAAAUACUUCUGCAUGGUCAAGCUGAGUAGUUGGCUUAAAGAAAUUUACAAAAACAUACUCCAAAGAGGUAAUGCAUUUGGUAACCAUAUAAAAUAAUGUAUAAUUUUCCAUAUCCAGAACAUCACUGACCUAGAAAAGUUGGAGUGGUACCAUGAUUUAGAAGAGUUUUGCUACAGCAGUGAAGAUCCUGAAACACACACCGAGGACAGCCCUGAUAACAAUGUUCUUUCUGCUGUGGUUGAGAAGAGCAUUCUACCCAAAGUGUCUGGUGAGAUUCAGAUAUGAAUUAAGGUGUCAAAUAAACCCAGGUUUUUUUUUUUGUUUUUUUUUCAAAGGUGGACUGUAAAUGAUUUCUGCAGGAACUGGUGGCAUACGCCUGUCCAGUAUAAACAGACUUUUAGUGACUGUUUAGCCAUUAGAAGUUUAAAGGGAUUCUAUUCUGCCAGGACAACAAAGCAAAUUUCCUGGCACUAUUGGUUCUUACAGGGCCCCCCUCCCUCCCACACCCUCUCCCGUGGUGCUGAAGGGGUUAAAACCUUUUUAGUAACUUACCUGAAUCCAGCACCGAUGUCCCUCGGGGAGACCUAAUGCGCAUGCUUUCAAUGCUUUCCUAUGGGGAUCCUGGUGAUGCUUGAAGUCUUCAUGCAUAGCGUGAGGAUGUUCUGUGUCAUUUAGGCGAACAAAAGUCGUCUAAGCAACGGAAGUUCCUCUAGUGGCUGUCUGGUAGAUAGCCAUUAGAGAUGGACUUAACCCUGAGAGGUAAUUAUUGCAGUUUCUCAGAAACUUAAGGGACACUACAUCCAGACCACUUUAAUGAGCUGAAGUGGUCUCUGUGCCUAUAGUGUCCCUUUAAGUUUUCCCUUACUCCAUUGCAUCAAACUUUCUUUGAAUUUCCCUUUAGGGUAUUUAUACCUUUUGUAGUUAAAGGAACGCUUGUUAGGAAUACAAAGAUGUAGUCCUAACACUAACAUACUCCUCCGCCACCGCAGCCAUCCCCCAAAGAUAUACAGGGUUAAAAAACACUUUAUUCACUUACCCGAUUCCAGCGCUGAGUUCCGCUUCCUUCGAUAUCAGGUGAUGGGGGGCUUUCCCCAGGGAUUUCCCAUGGGGUAUUUCUCUGACGCUGGACAUCCUCAUGCAGAGUGUGAGGUGAUCCUGCAUCGUUUCACAGCGUCAAACUCAGUAAAACUCCAAGAAGAGCUUCUAGUAGCUGUCUUGUAGACAACCAGUAGAGGCAGUCUUAGUCCUGCAAUGUAAACAAUGUAGUGUCUCUAAAACUGUGAUGUUUUACAUUGCAGGACUAAGGGGCACAGGAACACUACACCUAGACCACUUCAAUGAGCUGAAGUGGUCUGGGUGCCUGUAGUGUCACUUAAAGGACAAAAUAGGUGACAAGGAAGUCAAAAAAGCCACAUUAGAGUAUACUAAUAUUAAUCACUCCUAGUCUACGGUCUUUACCUCCUGCUUUAUCAUCCAACAUGCUUACUUGUUUCUCAUUAGUGUUUAAAUCCCACAUAAUGGAUCCUUUUUUUUUUUUGGUUUCAGCAUUUCUCACCCCUACCAUACUUAUAAUAAUAAUAUGUGCAUUCUGAAGUGCUGGAUAUAUUUUAUGUAUAAAUAUAAGGUAGUAUAAUAUAUACUAUAAUAGUAAAAUGUUUGUUUAUAUUGACCGACUGCUCUUCCCCCAUUUUAAAGUCUUUACCUUCAAAAGUAAUCGCGCUAUAUUAAUGACUAUCUAAAAAUGACAAGACCCCCGGAGUGACUGUGAGACCUUAAUCAGAGUAAUCCAGCAGAAACAGUUAAAUGUUUCUCCAUAUGUUUUAUGUUUCUGUAAAUAAUUUCAGGAAGUAUUGCUUUACAGAGAGGGUAGUGGACACAUGGAAUAGCCUUCCAGCUGAAGUGGUAGAGGUUAACACAGUGACAGAGUUUAAGCAUGCGUGGAAUUGGCAUAAUAUUAUCCUAACUAUAAGAUAAGGCCAGGGCCUAAUGAAUGAAUUCUUAUCUGCCAUCACAUACUAUGUUUCUAUGUUUGAUUGCCAUUUUUAAGGUGGUCUACAACAUGAUAAAACACUUGGUUAUAUGCAGGGCUUUUAAUAACUCUGUGCUGCUGUGCACAUUAGGAACACGGUAAUACAUUGAUUACUGACACUGUAUUUCUGAGUUUAUGUGAUUAGAGUUUGUAAUAGUGCUUACUGGAAAUAAUGCAUUUUUCUUUCAGAAUUUAUUGAUCACGUGUGGGAUCCACUGUCCGCCACACAAACAAGUAAUCUGGUUAGAUUCUGCAAAACAUACGUACUGGAGAGCGAGUCGAAAAAGGCAGUGCAGGUAAUGAAUUACUAGAGUGAGAAAACUGCAUCAAAAUAAAUAUUUUAUUUUAUGAGUAAUCUCGUUAGCUGCAGCUGUUUAACCCCUUAAGGACACUUGACAUGUGUGACAUGUCAUGAUUCCCUUUUAUUCCAGAUGUUUGGUCCUUAAGGGGUUAUAUUUCCUUUUCAUUUUUCACAAUUUCUAAAGAAUGUUUAGGUUACAUUUUCUAUAUGCACCUUUGAUAGUUCUUCUAUGGCUGGUCUCCCCCUGGCAUAAAUGUAAAUACUAAAAAGCAUGGCUGUCGCAUGGAAUUCUUGCACAGCAGUAGAAGCAGAAGGUUAUUAUUGAAUCCAUACAUUAGAUGUCAAUGCAGAUAGCGCUAUGCACAGAACACAUUUGUUUGCUUACCUGCCAUUUGUUUGCUUUGUUUGCUUACCUGCCAGUGAGGUGCGACUAGGGCUGCAUUAACAAAGAGAUUUAACUGGUAAAUGGCAGAGAAUUGAUCAGUGAGAUUGCAGGGACAUGUUCUAUACACCAAAACUGCCCUAUUAAAAUAAAGAUGUAUUAAUGCUUAGAGUGUUCCUUUAAUUAGAAAAAAAACAGUAAAAGAAUUUGGAAUAAGGCAUUGAGAUCUAAUGUGUCAAUCGGCAAUAAAAGACUAGGAUAGGGAUGUCCCAUCAUUUUUGUGUAUAUGAGAACAAUUUUCAGUGUGUUGUUUUAUAUCUACUGACCCUUUUAGUUUGCUAUAAGCACUAUCCCAAUGGUCCCUUUUGGGAACUUUAUCUUCUUUAAUAGAAAUGUUUUUGUUUUACUGUAUUUGUAGGAAUUGCUAAAUUCCCUGGAAUCUCGGUUAAAAAAAGCCAUCGAAGAUGAUGUAUUCAUUCCACUCUAUCCCAAAAGGUACAAUGUUUGAUAUAUCGGUACAUUAAAAUGUAUAUGCACAGUCAAUCUAAGUGCAUCCGAUCAUCCUAUAUUUCCAUAUAUUAAUGUAUUACACAUGCACAGUGCUUUUCAAUUAUUUUCAUUAUUUUUCAAUCUCAUUUAAUCUUAGUGCAUAUGUUUAUCCUAUGUUUUCACAUAUUCACGUACCACACAUGCAUUGUUAUGAUCUAAUUGAAGAAAAAAGGAGGCUGUUUUUCCUUAGAGCCUAUUUUAUCUGAUUGCAUUUAUUGUUUAUGUGCCAAUAGCUUAUAAUGCUAUUUUAUGUUGUGUAUUACUCAAAAGCCUCAAUAAAAUAAUGAAUUAAAAAAAAAAAAAAUGAUAUGCACAGUGGUGUAAAUCACUAUUGAAGAUUCAAUAUUGGUGUGUGUCUAAAUCAAAACACUGUACAACCAAAGAGUGCAAACAUUUUACUCUUUUACAAAACCAUCUUCAUUUUACCCUGACACAGUCACAGAAAAUAAAAUAAAUGCCUGAUGUGUUCUGGAUACCUGGGUAUCUUGAGUCUCAAUCUUGAAUGAGAUUUAUCUUGCAUUUGUGAUAUCCAUUUUGUUUAAUUCGUUUUUUUUAUUUUUUUAUUUUGCUUUCGAUUCCAUCCUUCCAUUAAAAUGAUUCAGAACAUUUGGACGCAUUUUGCAAAAACAAAAUAUUGAAUUUUGUUAAAAUAAAAUUUUUGUAGUGUAUUUAUUGAUAUUUGAAUAUACAAAAGUACUUAUUUGUUUCUUUAAAGUGUAACUCCAAACACCAUGAUCACUUCUGUUUUUGGAAGUGGUUUGUAUGUGCUUGAAACUUUGCACAUACAGACCAUAUUUUGUGCCAGGACUAGUUACACCCUGGGCACAUGUUACUUAGGAAACCUGGAACUCUGUUCUAGAGUACCUAGUGUCAAUGCUUUGCCUCCUUCCGAGCCUGCUUGUGAGUUCUCUCCGUCCUCCCUUCCAUGCAAUUGUCAGUUUUCUCUCUCUCUCUUUUUUUAAUCAUUCUCUUCCUUCUCCAGCUCAGAGCACACAUUUUAUGCAUUUUUCCAACAGCUGGCAAAAUCUGCAGAUUUCUUGUCUGCGGUCUUUGCAAGCCCUUCCCUUCUGCCCAAGUUCAUACUUUCUGUGGCCAUCCAAUCACAGACUUCUAUUUUUAGCUCAAUGAGAAGGCUUUACAAGGCAGGACCUCUGAUCAAUUGCCUGCUUCUUCAAUUUAGCAGAGUUUAGCUGCGCUAACCAAACCAGGAAGUAAUAGCACCGGUUUUCUGACUGACAGCCGGGAAGAUGUAACAAGGUUAAUUUAAAAAAAAAAAUAUUUAUUGAAAUGUGCACUUUUUGUAAAAUAAAGAGGAGGACAUACUCUUCACACAUGAAGCAUUUUAGCAAGCUGAAGUACUUCAGGGGUCUAGAAAUAGAUUUAAAGUGACAUGCAUCACUUGACAAUUAUUUUUUUUACAAUCAACAAACAAACACGUUUCAAUGAAUAUGCAAAUAAAAAUAAAGCUGCACAUGUGUAAAGCAGUCAGACAUUCCUAUUGCACUUUGCCCGCAUUCCUGGGCAUAGAUUAUUAAACCCCCUGGAGUGGGUGUGGAUGUUUUGAUUUUUUUUCUUCAGCCUGCAGAGUGCGGCAACAGUGGCUUUUGAGUGAUGCAUGAGAUGCAUGUCCUUUAAUCAUAUGAUGAUUUGUUGAAUGUUUAAAGCUUCUAAAAACGUUUAUUUUGAUUCUGUUUAAUAGUAUUUUAGAGGACAGAGCCUCUCCACAUUCAAAAUUCCAAGAAAGGCAGUUCUGGUCAGCUGUGAAGGUACACAAAAUACAUCUUACCUAUGUAUAAAAGCCAUAUAAAUACUAUAAAACCGAUACAGACUGGGAUAUAACAUUGUUGCCUUUUAAUGAAACUAAAAAGUUUUAUGUUUUAUUUUUUUUUAUUAUUUUUUUCCUUUUCUGUUAAACAAGAUACCAUAUCACUCUAACUUAUUGAGGCUAAAUGGUAUAGGAAAUUAGCUCUUUUUUUUAUUUUUUUUAUUUUAUUAUAGUCUUUCAUUGAUUUCCGCUGUUAAUUCUUAUAAGAUAUCACAGUAACACAUCUUUCUCCACUGACUCAUACGUGUAAAGUGACUGACCUAGGAAGAGUUUAUCAGCAGAUCAUACAUGUGUUUCUAUGUUCAGUCUUGACAUAAACAUUGUGGAAGUAAACAUAGCACUUGGUGUCCCCAUCCUUACUGCUCUCAGAUGCUGCAAAAUGUUCUGUCGUGGGAUGGUUUCCUUGAAGAAGAAACCCUGCGAGAGCUGGGACUGGACAAAUUGCUGAAUCGCUACCUCCUGUUAAUCCUUCUGAAUUCCUCCCCUGGCAAAGAAAUGGUUAAUAAGUGCAGCAAGGUAACUGCACACCUUUUUGAUUAUUGGUCUUUCUAGUAGUUUUUGAAAAGCGUUUUUCCUAAUCUAUUCAUCCACCAGUUAAGCCGAGAAUGGAUUUAAAACUUUCUAAGGAAAUUCAUCGAGUUCUAAUGCUUUUAUUAUUUUUUAUUUAUUUCAGGGUUCUUGCUAAUUUGGAUUUUCUUUUUUUUCUUUUCAUAUAAUCAAACUAUUAUUGCAGUGUAUCACAGAGCAGUGUAGCAGCGUAAACGACUUGCAUAUGUUAACGUCUGUUGCAAGUGCUUACAAGAAAAAUAUCCAACUGCCAUUUGACAGUCUUGAUCUCACAGGAAAAAUAGUCUACCCUUACAUAAAAUGUGUUGGAUGUGGGAUUAAGAUUAUGAUUGGUUUCUUUUUUUCCUACCAUUUUGCUUUUAUGUGUUUUUUUUGUCAUCUAUUUUAGCUAUUUUAUUUAUUUUUACAAUUGUGUGUGUGUAUAUACAUCAAUAAGAGGUUUUGUCUCUCUUUGAGAUGACGACAUUAAUUAGCUACAGCCGAGAUAAUACAGGCUGGUCCCUUUAAAUAUGGCGGUAACAUUACAUUGUGUGUUUUAAACAUAUUUCUUGCAGAUUGUUGCCUGUCUGCCGCACAGUUGGUUUAAAGGCCUUGACAGUGGCUCCUCUCUGCCUUGCUUGGCAAAUUUCAGCAAGCACAUGCUGCAGUGUGCACAUACACUGCAUUCACUAGAUGAUCGGUAUGUUACACUGCUUUUUUUCACCAGGCUGAGAUUAUAACUUCUAUAGAUCCCUAAAUGCACAAUGUCUCUGUAGAUUAAUCUUGCACUGAGUAGUCUAAGAAAAACUCCCAGGCUGAAUAUCCUUUUAUUCUGGUUAAAACAUGCCACCACAACCAAACUCUGGAUAGUGAUAAUGGGAUUUGUAGACUAGGAAUAUUCUGUACUCCAAGUGGUAAUGAAAUGACAGCACUCCUGGGGUAUAAAGAGUCUGCAGGCCAACCCUGACUAAAUUAAAGGAUGAUGUAUGUUUUAGUGCUUUAUGGAGGUAAUGCAUUAAUAAAUGCAACAUUAAACAUGAUACAUUCUACUGCAUUUCCUUCUUUGCUGCAAAUCCUUUGCUUCUGCAACAAAUUUUAGUUCUGGUUCUCUCUGUAGCUUAUCAGUUUUAUUCAUGCAAAGACUGAAAGCUGAAAGAAAGGACAGCCUUUCUUCUAUGAGCUUGACAAAGAGCUCCCUCCUUGUUUUUUAUUUAUUUAAUGCAUUAAAUAUGGGUCGUCAGGUCUAGCUUUCUUCUGUAACAUAUCACAGUAGAGAAUGGGCAUAUUAGAAUAGGUAAGGUUGUUUGUAGAAAGCAGGGUUUGUUGUUCACAGUAGUUGCAACAAAAGUCUAUGGUAUAUCUUGAACUACUGCUUUAUUGUAAUCAGCAGAGAUCGAGAUAGUGGAAAAAAGUAUGUUUUAGCAAAUUUAAAUUCAAAUGUCAAAGUGUAUAUUAAUGUAGCUGAUCUGAAAAAAUACCCAACUCUGCUUUAGUUACAGCUUGACUUUUCAAACCUAAAUUUUGCUAUUAGGAUAUGUUAAAAUUCAGUGUUUAUUAAGUAACCCUGAGAUGUAUUUUAUUCCUCUCCUCCCCAACUGAAUACAGGUAGUAGUAGCACGUUGUAGGUUGCAGGUGGAUCACCUCUUUUGCGGUCUCAGUUCUCUAUUGGAUGGCAAGUUUAGAUUCCCUUUCAUCAGCUGACACAUUUUCAUAUGUUGUAUAUAUUAUCCUUGGAAUAUUCUACUAAUGAUGUGUAUCAUUCCAGGGAGAACUUGCUGGUUCUGGUGUCUCUGCUGAAAAAGAUCAAAGCAAUGGAUAAUGUGGAGGCACUUUCCAGUAAAUAUAACAUUGAGGAGCUGAAAUGAUUUUUUUUUUAUAAGAAGCAGUGAACACAUCUGAUUCCAGAUCUCAUGUCCACAGUCAGAGCACAGGGGCCUGUACUAAAUGCGUGGCUCUCACAACAAAAUGGACAGAGAUUUUCUAUUUUUAUAAAGGACAUUAUGAAGGAAUUGGCCGCCUUUUUUUUGUUUGUUUUUUUUCCGCUUAACAGGGCUGUGCUUUGUUAACAACUUACUUCCAAAAUGUUAGACCUGUAGAACAGAGAUGGAAAAUGUUCCCCAACUCAGUUGAAUGUAUGCCUUUCCCAAUUUUAUUUCCAGGAUAUUUAAGUUACAGUUCUUGAAGAAACCACCAAAUAAUUAUAUAAUUUACAUUGUCCAUUCCUUGACAGUUACGAUUAAAUGACAAUUAUGGACACUUAGUCCGAACCAACUUUUUAAGGUUUUAGAACAUUCUUUGUGAAUUUGCCAUCUGCUUUCAGAUUUGUCUUAAUUGUAACUACACAUGUGUGAAAUAAAGAUAUUUUAUUGUAC